AUGGAUAAGCUGAUAUCUCAAGCUGAGGCCCUCUACCAGGAAAUGACAGCCUCAUGCCGCAACAACAUCAGCAAGGAGCACUCACUUUUGUCUCUGUCUUCUCCAGUCAUCAGAGACAAGACACAGCGAAGGACUGCCCCCCAGCAUACAGGUGCUUUUUUUGGCUACAAACCUCCGAAUUUGCAAACAUAUGCUGAUGGCACCUCUGCUCGCCCUGGCACAACAUUAGGCAACCUUUUACAAAACAUGCCCACUGACUGCCACGCCCAUGGAAAAGCUGCAGAUGAGCUGGAUGCCGAUCAGAUGGUCUCGAAAGCUGCAGAGCUGCGCACCAGGGCAGCAUCUGCAGACCUGAUCACUGCUCCAAGAGGAUGGAGGGGCGUUUUGGGCACAACAUACUCAGACAGGGUGUCUGUUCAGUUCAGCACUGGCAGCGACUGCGACAGCACAGAUGGUGUGUCCAUGGCUGACAGCGAUAACGAAGCUUCUGUUAGUCCAGAGACGGUGACAGAAGACACACUCCUCAACACACUGUUCUUCACCACCACAAAGCCAACAACGUUGGCAAAGCCCGCAAAGGUAGGCCUGGAGAAGUUUCACCUCGACAUGCUUUGGUGCCAGCUAUGCCAGACUGUGCAGUGGAACGAUGGAUUGUGA